AUGGUGUUCUUCACGUGCAACGCGUGUGGAGAAUCUUUGAAAAAAGCCCAGGUUGACAAACAUGUGACUAUUUGCCGGGGAUGCCAAGUCUUAUCCUGCAUAGACUGUGGUAAAGACUUUUGGGGAGAUGAUUAUAAGAACCACAACAAAUGCAUCAGUGAGGAUCAGAAAUAUGGAGGCAAAGGCUAUGAAGCCAAAACAAACAAGGGUGAUGUCAAACAGCAACAAUGGAUCCAAAAAAUUCAUGAUGCUAUGAAUAAGCCAGGCAUAAAUCCCAAACUGAAGGAUGUGCUGAAACAGGUCAGCUCAUAUGACAAUGUUCCUAGGAAGAAAGCCAAGUUUCAGAAUUGGAUGAAGAACAGUUUGAAAAUCCAUAACGCCUCUUUGCAUGAUCAGGUGUGGGAGAUCUUCUCUGCGGCCACCAGCAAUGUUCCAGAGAAAGGCAGUGAGCAACAACAGCCGGAGCAGAGUCCUGUCUCUGUCCCACAAAAGAACGGAACAGGUCCAUCCGAGCAGAACACAGAGGAGGAAAACCCCGUGAAGGCGAAAAAGAAAAACAAACAAGAGCGAAAAGAGGAACGACAGAAAAAGAAAAAAACCAGGGAAAUGAAUGAGAAUGCAAAUGGAGAUGAAUCACAACCAGCACAGAACGGAGUGGAAGAUAACUCCAAAAAGCAACAGAAAAAGAAGAAGAGGAAAAGAGAAGAAGAGGAGGAAGAAGUGGAGGGUGUAGAGGAAAACCAGAAUGGUCAUGCCUCAGAGAAAAAGACAUCAAAAAAACAAAAAAAGAGAAAAGAGGAAAAUUCAGAAGAGAGCCAAACCCCCGAGCAGCCGAAAGAGGAGGAACAAGCAGAGGUAGAAGGUGAAACCAACACCAAAGGAAAGUUUAACUGGAAGGGGACAAUUAAAGCGGUCUUACGCCAGGCCCCUGAGGAAGGAUUUGCCGUGAAGAAACUCAGGAAAAAGGUGCUGGCAGCAUACUAUUCAUUCAGUGGAGAUGAUAACUACAGGUCUGAAGAGGAGCUUCUCUCUCUUUUCAACAAGAAACUCAACAAUAAUCCCAAAUUUAAGAUUAUCAAAGACAAAGUCCGACUGGUCAAAUGAUCCUCUCUUUUUUUUUUUGUUUUGUUUUUGGUCUUAUUUUUGGCCACUCAGUGGACCUAUGUAACGCACGCAGUCUUCACCAUUGCCCGCACACUUUGUCUCAUCUGGUGUGAAUAAAUACUUCAGAGACCUACAGCCUUGAUCUCUUCCAUGUAAGAGUUCAUCCAUUGUGACAGUUCAGCAAAUGAUAGGGUAUAAAUGCGAUCAAGUACAGCACAACACCUGUUGUGCUUUCAGCUUUUGGCUUGUGCUUUAAUGCACAAAGUCAUUGCAUAAGUCAAUUCAAACUAAGCUUAGAGCUCACAAAAAGUACCUUUUUGGCAGAUUCAGUU